AUGGUGGCCUUUGAGUAUGCUCCUAAUGGAACUCUUUUCGAGCAUCUUCAUGUGCCACAUUGCAACUUGAAUUCUAAAUCCAUAUUUUUGACCGAUGAUUAUGCUGCUAAGAUUACAGAGAUUGAUUUCUGGUCAGAACUAACAGCCAAGUCGAAGUCCUCUAGCGAUGAUUUAGAGAAUUCCGUGCUGCCACCGCUUGCUGAUCCCGAGACUAAUGUCGAUAGCCUUGGAAUUCUUUUAAUAGAAAUAAUUUCUGGCAAAUCACCUUAUUCAGAAGAAAAAGAGUCUCUUCUAAACUGGUCAACAGUGGAAGGGAUGGAAAUUUCUGAAAUUGUGGAAAAAAGGGACGCGGUUGGUGUGACGGAUCUGCUUAUUUGCACUUAUUUCUCGCCGGAUUUGCUGGGAUUUUCUGGUAAUUCUAAUAUUGUUGGAAUGGGUUUGUUUAGGUGGGCUGCUGAGUUUAUUGUUGGGCUCCUGGGAAUGUUGUGGGUGAGGGGCAUUAUUGUAUUGGGCUGCUACAAAGUGGCCCAAAUUUUGGUCUUAAAAAUGGGUUUGAAUAAAGGGUUGAUUCAUAACAAUAACUUUGAGGAGAGUGUUCCUUUGGAAAUUGGGAAGCUUCAUUUAGUCACAGAAUUACAAUUCGACGAAAAUCUCACUUCUGCUUUUGCUUCUGGAACUCUCUGUAUAAGAAAAUUUCGUCAUUGCAUCUGGCAAGGCAGCAUGAAGCCAUUCAAGACGAUAACCUCCAUUAUUGAACCAAUAAAAUGUACACUUUUGCAUUACCUCAGUUUCUUCCAACUGCCAUCUCCUGGAACGGGCUUUAUGGAUGACCGGAAAGACUGCUCUGACAACCUUCCAAGGUUAUCCAGGCCUCACAUCAUCCACACUAUACAGCACCAAGAGGAGAUUGCACGCCGUAAGUUGGCUGAACAAUCCAGUAACCUUGCUGCUGCUCCUGCCAAUAUCAAAGGACCGUUGGGUCCUGUCAUUCAAAUUCCAAGAAGCAGUGGGUCGUUUCGUGCGGUGCCAAAUUCCGAUGGAACACAUCCUACAAACUUACCAUCACCACCUCCACAGCAUGAAUCUCAAGACAAAUUACAUCCUGUGGGACAGUCUGCAAGUGCUGUAAAACAGUCGCCUGCUGUGAAAAAGCCAACUAAUAGCCAAGGCCCCCCUGCUGGAAAAUCGGAAAGUACUUGGAAGUACGUAGUUGGGAUUUGCAUUGGAGUAAUUUUGCUCAUUCUUGCUGCUUCUGUGUUCUUAAUCUGCCGAAUCAGAGCGGCUAGAACAAUUGGCCCUUGGAAGACUGGAUUGAGUGGACAGCUGCAAAAAGCAUUUGUUACAGGUACUCACAUCAUAUUGUGCCGAAAAGUGAUACUGCUAAUAUUCUGCUCCCCACCCUGAUAGUAGUUGCAUUGC